AUGGAGUGUUUAUUUGUCAAUUGUCACUUUCCAGUAGCCUACAAAAAUGGAAAAGUGGACGCAGCAGUUUCUUUGGGUUUUCUGCUUUUCUGGGUAGGUGGAGACCUGACAGAUUUUGUAGGCUGCUACCUGACUACCCAACUGCCUAUUCAGGACAUGCCUGCUUUUGUUAUUCAAAGACUCUAUCACCAGAGAGAAGGUGAAUUGUUGCUUUUGUGGAGUCCUGUGCCCUUUGUAUAUCCUAUAUUCCUUCAGAUAAGAGAAAUUAGCAUAUCUGGGCAUUGUAUUUGUUUAUGCCAUAUUACUAUAAAUAUUUCUAAAAGAAGAUUUGUUUUAUAA